AUGCUCUUCUCUCCGUCGUCCGGCUUUCUGGCCUCCAUCUCCUUGGUCCUACUGCUCAUUAGCCCUUCGGCAAUCGCCGAUUGCACCCGCUCCGACUUGCUUGCCGUGGCCGAUAAAUUCGUCACUGCUAUUUCAUCAGGCAGCAUUGGGUCGCUUCCCUUCGCCGCAAACUUCACCUACCUUGAAAACAACAAGGUAGCGACCAUCAACCGCACAGCCGUCUUUGCCCAGCCUCUGAAGAUCGAUCUCAACCGCUCCACAGCCGACACUGUCGCGUGCGCGAGCUACACGCUCAUCAUUUCCGCUUCGGGGCCCAAGCCCUACGUCCUGGCCACGCAGAUCCGUCACCCUAAAGGAGGAGACACGAGCGUGAUCGCAAAGGUAGACACUAUCGCGGCUACGACGGGAUCCCUCUUCUUCAACGCCACCAAAACACUGGGGUACAUCCGCAAGGAGAACUGGGACGAGAUCCCGGAGGCCCAGCGCCCCAGCCGCGACCUGCUCAAGAAGGGGACCGACUGUGAAAGGGUCGAGGGGAGCGAGUACACCCGUCCCUGUGGGGCGUCCUUGCCUCAUAGUAAGAGCCAGAGGAACAACGGAAAUAGGCGCUAUAUGAUCGACGAGGUGGUUGGCAGCGUGGACAUUUUGUGUAGUUUUAACGCGCUGGGGAGCUUGCCGGACAGUCAUGAGAUUAGAGUCGAGGAGGGCAAAGUCAAGUACGUUCAUACAGUUACUGUUUGA